UGGAGAUACUAACACUUAUGCUCCUCGCUAUACUUUCCUGUGCCAGGAGUGCUCAGCCCAACCACGCAGGCAACGAGUCCCCUGAAAACUUCAUGGAGGUGCCCCCAAAUUUCUACGACUCACAGCUGGAUGAAAAUUUCUCCUCACAGCCCUUAACAGAUGACAAAAGUGGCCUGAAUUCUUUGUUCAGAUCCAUCCUGCACAGCAGAAAUGCACGUAGUUCCUUCCCGUUCCAACCACAAAGAUUUGGAAGAGAUGAACGCAGUUCAAUGACAGGAGACAGCAGGAUCCAUUCUCGGGGAUGGGACUCACCACCACAGUUUUGGAGUAUGGCCGUACCCCAACGCUUUGGCAGAAAAAAAUAACUGAAUUCAACGUACAACCAGCGUGAAGUUCAUCCACACAGCUAGCACCGAAGCAUUGCACUUCAAUUUUGUACCAUGUUAAAGAGCUCAUACGCACAAUAGUAAACACAAACAUUUCACAUCUCAGUGAGCUAAUAUAAUAUACCGGCACAGAGCUUUAAAUCCUUUCAGCAAGCUUACCGUGAUCACAAAUUCCUCACUGGUUGCUGUGUAUUACUGUUGUUGUUUUAAGAUAUACCACCAGUACAAUCUUUGGUCAUAUCCUUUGUAAAUAUACAACUAUAGUAUCCUCUAGACUGGUAGGCAACAUACUAAAUAAUUGUAUCAAGACUUCAAACAUGUAACUCCCAAUCUUUGUACAUAGGACGUUACAUCAUGUUGUGUAUCAUUCAUGGUUAAACAUUAAUAAAGUAAAUUAC